AUGGAUCCCUUACCCGAGAAUAUCAUCGCCGUCGACAGUCUCUCUGCACCCCAAUCAUGUUCAUGUGUGGACGCGGAAAGCGCAAGCUCAAAUUGGAAGCCUAGUUUGAAGGGCACUGAGUCGGUAGACAUGCCAGAUGUGCCCGAAACCCAAGAAGCCGUUGUUACCCCGGAGAUAGAAGAGGAUCUUAAUAUGAGCCUUCAAACGAUCGAUGUCCGCGUGCCAGCCCCCGGAGAAGCUGUUCUUCGCAUACUAUACUCGGGAAUCUGCCGCAGUGAUAUAACCUUUUCCGUAAGCCCCCAAUGGCCUACAUCAAAGCACAACCAUAUCGCGGGCCAUCAAGGCAUCGGACGAGUCGUCAGCUGCUCCGAUUCAUCCUUGCUGGGCCGUCUGUACGGCGUUCGUUAUCUGGGCUCGCACUGUCAAUCCUGCACAUACUGUUUGCGCGGUAUACCCACCUCAUGCCCCUUCCAGCUGAACGUCCCCAUCCAGAUUUCAGGGACUUUUCAACACUUCGCCACGAUUCCUAUCUCCUGUCUCGUUCCCUUGCCGAAGAACCUCUUUGACGGAAGCAGCAGCAUUGAUCCUGCCCUGUACACAAGCGCCCUGUGCUCGGGAUCAACGGCGUUGGUGUCACUGCGGGCGGCCAGAAUUUCCCCCGGAGAUGUAGUCGUCGUGGUUGGCGUUCUGGGGGCGAUAGGCCAUUUGACGGGGAUGCUGGCGAAGCAGGUUCAGCGAGCACGAGUGAUCGGCGUGGACCUCGCCGCCAAAACCCGUGCGGUGACUCAAGAACAUCAAGAUUACCAAGAUUACUGCGAAAUUUUGCUCGGAGCGCCGGAGUCUUAUGAGGAGGGUUACACCUGGCAAGGCUUCCAUGAGAGGCUGCUUCAGGCGUGUGCGCAACUCCGCCGCGGCCAUGGUCGUAAUGGUGGCGUCGCACGUGCUGCUGAGGCGGUGAUUGUCACGAGCAGCUCGGUUUCUUCCUUUCAACGGUUGGAUGAGUAUGUUUGUGAUGGGGGCACGAUAGUCUGCGCUGGAGUACCCAAAGGACGCAGCAACAUGGUGUCACUUCCAAUCCACUCGGUUGUCGAGCGAAACUUGCACCUGGCUGGGAAUCUCAUGGGUGGCCAUCGUGAGGCAUUGGAAGUAAUGCAAUACAUUCGAAGCGGCCAAAUCAUGCCCCGCAUCACCAAGCUGGCGCUCCAAGAAGUGCCCGAACAAAUGCAGCGUAUGGCCGAUAACCAGACCAUUGGCAAGCUAGUGGUAUAUAUGUGA